UUUCGUUUUCACAAUCAACUAGAAUAAAAAUUGAUAUGAAAAUGAAUGCUAGAUGGGUCUAAUUUAAUGUGAAAUUUUACAUUUCUUCAUAAUUUAAGUACUUAUUCAGGAACAGGACUCCAUUAUUUAUACGAACGAAUGAAUUGUGUUCCUUGGAUCAAUCAUGUCAGCGAAAGAAGAAAUUAACUCUUACAACGAGAAAGUAGAAGAAAUAAGGAAUCAGUUCCGAAAGAAGUCACUCCUAAAAGAACAAGACUUCUGUUCUGCAAUAGAAAUAAUAUGGUCCAUGACAGAUAGUAAUAUAGAAACUGUGACUGAUGGAUAUGAAACUGUGUACGAACGUCUUUCUAAUUCAUAUGAAGAAAUACUCGCUGAAGAGAGAAUCAAAGUUCUAGAUUUUUACAAGAAACAAGAGACGAAUUUAUGUGCGGAAUUGGGAUUGAAACCGGUUCAUCAGUCCUUCAAUGAUAUUCCAUCGUUAACAAAGCUCAAAGAAAUCAAACAAUAUCUGAAUGAUUUGACACAAGAAAGAGAACGACGUAAUGUUACUUACGUAAACACCUUACAAAAAAUAGAAAACCUCGUCAAUGAGUUGAAGAUAUCGCCACCGGCUUGUAUCGAGAAAGUUUCGUCAAAUAAGGAAGAUGGAUUAGAUUUAUCGGAAAAGAAUAUUAAAAAGCUGAAAAAUUGCAGAAAAAAAUUGUCGGAACGUGCGAAAAAAAAUGAAGAAAUCGUGCGUUUGAAAGACGAAAUUGUUUCGCUAGAGUGCAAAAAAUUCGUCGCAAAUUUGGAAAAAAAUAUCGAUGAAAUUGUUUUGGGAGAAUAUCAAGAAGAAUUAGACCAAUGUAAAGAACUUCAUACUAGAAAAAUUGAACAGAAAGUUACACUCUGUCGCAAAGAAAUAACAAAUUUAUGGAAUGUUUGUAAUAUUAGCGAAGCAGAUCGAAGAAGUUUUGAAGAUUUCCAAUCCACUGAGUUUACUGAACAUUUGUUGUUGUGUCACGAGAGUGAAAUUUUCCAUCUGAGUAAAUUUCAAAAUAGCAAAUUCACUCCCGAGACCAGAAUAAAAUUCGAAAUCCAACCAAACGAAAUAUAUGAUGUUAUAAUCACAAAAGCGGAUUUGGAACCUAAAACUGAGUUCUAUGCUUGCAUAGAUAAACAAGCUGCCGAUGUUUUUUCUCGAAUGAUGGAAAUUACUGAUCUAGUUUUACUUCCUGAGAAUUUAUUGAAACGCCAUGAAUUGGCAUUUUUUCCUCAAAAGGAUCACAGAUAUCGUGUUAAAAUUUUGAAUGUUGAUGGCAACGAGAUUAAUGUAUUGUUUAUUGACCAUGGCGACAUUUACAUUAUCGAUAGAAACAGUUUAUGCGUUUUGCCUGAGUACUUGCAUUCAAUUCCUCCUCUUGCGUUCAGGAUCGCAGUCAAAAAUAUAGAACCAGAAAGACGAAUCCAUACUGGCGAAACAUUGUCAGUAAAAGUCACAAGUCACCGACGUGGAACUUACCAAGGUGAAAUUGUUGACCAGUCCAUAAAAGUUCCAAAUCUUGAAGAAUUUUUGCAGGAGUGGCAUCUUCACUCUGCAGUACAGGAAAAAUUUGAACAGCUGUUCGCAAUGGGUAUCAUUAAAUUUCCUGAUCGAAGUACAAAUCAUCAGGAUGAAGAACGAUACUUCUCUAUUCGAAAUGAUAUUAAAAAGAUUAAAUACUUUCGCUCGAAAAUCCAAAUCUGUCAACGCUGCCUAAUUUCCAUAGAGCAAGCAGAAUGCAUUGAAGAUGCGGAUAUGUUACAUUUAUACAGUUUCGCUCUCCACACUUUUGGUUUGGCGGGUGUUGAUGUACAAUACCAACUCGUUCUGAAUAUGCUCAUGGCAUGUUCUUAUGCUGAGAAGUAUCUCGAGUCUGGCAGUAUCCAGUUGCAAACAAUCUACGACUUGAAUACAAUUCUAAAUCAUAACUUUUCGCCGAAAGAGUUCACUAAUGUAAACUCCAAAGAGUUAGACAAAUUUGUAACGUUCUUUAAUGAGAAUUUAAACCUAGAAGAUGAAAACGUGAUUCAAGGAGCAUCAUCUGUUCUGAUGAAUUUUCGUAAUUUGCACCUGUUCGAUGAGAUGACAAAUUCAUCUCUUAGCAGAAUAUUAUUCAAUUUAAUUCUAAGAAAAAAAGGAUUUCCCUAUGUCACCUUCCCGAGUAAUCGAGAUAAAAUAUUUGCAAAUGCUUUAAAUGAAGCUGACGAAUCUCGAUAUACUGGACUUUUAAAAUUUACAUUCAACUGUUGCCUUGAAUCGUUGGAGGCAUACACUUCGGUUAUAGAGACGAGAUUGAAAGAUUUAAUGGCAGAGUCGAAGGCCAAAGAGAAAUCCUUGUCUGAGAAACAUCAGGCGGACACUUGAACGUUUUCAAAGCCAACGUGCCACUAUUUGGACUGAUGAGUGAUUACGAUGGCAUUUAGGUUCUAAUCAUGAUUCAUUAUCACAGAACUAACGUGUAUCAAAAGACUGAGAAACUUCCUACUAAUGUUUGUGAAUUUUACUGUAACUUUUUUUUAGCGAAUAUUUACCUGUGAUUGAGUAUUCCUGAUUCCCAUUAAAAGACUGAAUGUUUAA